GCGAAUGGCGAGGCGGCUUAUAUGAAUUGCAUUUCCAAUGUCCUAUAGCCUGCAUGUUAUGGGCAUUUAAGUGAAACUCUCUUUUGAGAGUGUGAUUUCAUGGAAUAUUUCUCUGGCACACUUAAUAUUCGAAUAUAUGAAGCAGCUGAAUUAAAACCGACAGCUUGUGCAACUCGUCAUGCGGUUGGACCAGCUGCUAAAUUAUAUGAACUUUUAGAUCCCUAUGUGACAAUCGAUGUGGAUGAUAAUGCAGUUGGUAAAAGUUCCACAAAAUCCCGUACAAAUAUACCACAGUGGAAUGAGGAUAUUUGUGCAAGAAUCAAUUAUGCUCAACAACUUACAUUUACUGUAUAUCAUGAUGCUGCUAUUCCUCCUGAUGAUUUUGUUGCCAUCGUUGAAUUGGCUUUACGAGAUGUUCGAUUUGGUGAAGAUAUGUGGUUGGAAUUGGAACCUCAAGGAAAAUUACUUAUACGUAUUGAUUUGGCUGGCACGAGAACGGAUGAACCGCCAAGAGAUCGUCCAGGAUUUCCUAGUCGAGAUAGUGCUAUUGGCGGCGUACAUGGGAAGCAUUAUCGUUGUGGUGCACUUCGUCGUAGAAUUCACCAAGCAAAAGGUCAUAAAUUUCAAGUUACAAGUUUGCGCCAAUUUACAUUUUGUUCAUUGUGCAAUGGAUUUAUUUGGGGUUUAUGGAAUCAAGGUUAUCAGUGUCAAGUGUGUACAUGCGUUGUUCACAAACGUUGUUAUUUAAAUGUAAUAACUCAAUGUCCUGGUGUAAAGUCACCUCCAAGUUGUCCAACAGCUGCUCUCCAAAGUCGCUUCAAUAUUAAUGUCCCUCACAAAUUUCGAAUUCAUACAUUUAUGCGUCCAGCAUUUUGUGAUCAUUGUGGUUCUUUGCUAUUCGGUUUAAUGCGUCAAGGUUUACAAUGUGAAGUUUGUCGUUUAAAUAUUCACAAAAGAUGUGAGAAAAAUGUUGCAUCACAUUGUGGAGUAAACACACGUAAUCUAGUAGCUGCAAUUCGACUAUGUGGACUUAAUCCAUCUGAUUUAGGUGUUAGCCCAUCAGGUACAACUACACUGACGCCAGGACCUGGAGUUACCGGUCCAAGUCGAACUGCAAGUACUACUAUUUCUUCAGUUCGUCCUAUAUCGGCUGGUUCACGUGGUGUUGGUCCUUUCGGUACUUACGGUGAUGUCGUUUUCUCAACUUCACCUGGACCUUUAAAACCAAGUAAAGGUGAUACCGGUUUUUCUAGUUCCUCAUUAAUUGGAGUCGCUCCUCACGAAAGAUCACUUAGUUCUCCUAUUUCCAUGCCAACAACAGAUCUCAGUGGUAGCGGUAUUGGUCGUGGUGCUCCUGGUGGCGGUAGCAUGGACAUAGAUGAGUCGAGCAGCAGAUAUGCAGCAUUAGAUCCUACAUCUGGAAGUGGUUCACUGAGCACUGCAGGGCCAGUCGCUGGUCGACAUGGAAUGCCUGCUCAAAGACCAUCUUCAUUACAAGACCCUCCUGAUGCUCAUGGAUGUACCACAGCUUCACAGAUUCCUUGUUUAAUGGAUUUUACAUUUCUCAAAGUAUUAGGCAAAGGUAGUUUCGGCAAAGUAAUGCUUGCUGAAUAUAAAUCAACUGGUGAAGUAUUUGCUGUAAAAGUUUUAAAAAAAGAAGUUAUAUUACAAGAUGAAGAUGUGGAUUGCACCUUAACCGAAAGACGUAUUCUUGUUUUGGCUGCACAUCAUCCAUUCUUGACGGCACUUUAUUGUGCAUUUCAAACUGAGGACCGUCUAUUUUUUGUCAUGGAAUAUGUGAAUGGCGGUGAUUUAAUGUUUCAAAUACAACGUGCACGCCGAUUUGACGAGGCUCGUGCAAGAUUCUACGCUGCGGAAGUUAUCUUAGCUUUAAUGUUUCUGCAUAAUCAUCAUAUUGUUUAUCGAGAUUUAAAAUUAGAUAACAUUCUACUGGAUGCUGAAGGACAUUGUAAAUUAGCUGAUUUCGGUAUGUGUAAAGAAGGCAUGAAACCGGGGCGAUCAACAUCAACAUUUUGUGGUACACCGGAUUAUAUUGCACCAGAGAUUCUUGCUGAACUUGACUAUGGAUUCAGUGUUGAUUGGUGGGCCUUAGGUGUAUUAAUGUAUGAAAUGAUGGCUGGUGCUCCACCAUUCGAAGGUGAUACAGAACAAGAUUUAUUUAAUGCUAUUUCUUAUGAAGAAGUUACUUAUCCGCCAAAUUUGAAUCCAGAUGCUGUAGAUAUUUUAUCAAAAUUCCUAGUCAAAUCACCAUCUCGAAGACUUGGAUGUGUAUCAGCUGAUGGUGGAGAGUUAGCUAUUCAACGUCAUCCAUUCUUUAAAGAAAUAGAUUGGCAAAUAUUGGAAGAACGUCGUGUACGACCACCAUUUCGUCCAAAAGUUCGUUCUAGAAUAGAUACAAGCAAUUUUGAUAAGGAUUUCACUACUGAAGAACCUGUUUUAACUCCAUCGGAUAAUUCUUCGGAAUUGGCCGCUAUAGCUCAAGAUGUUUUUGCUGAUUUUGACUGUUUUAAUGUGGACUACAGUGUUAUGCGAUAUCAUACAACACGACCCAGUCAACAACAGCCAUUACAAUCUGUUAUUGGAGGUUUAUAUACAUCGAGUCCAACUUAUCCAAACAGUGGAUCUUUCGCAUCAUCACCACCACCAUCAACUGUAUUGAGUAAUUCCCCCAAGGCCAUGGCGGCUACUACCUGUGAAAGUAGUAGCAGUAGUCAUGUUCCGUCCACUCCAGAUCCUUGCAAUCCUAAAACAAAUUCUCCACUUUCAUUUCCCGACAGUGGUACAUCUUGUCUAUCUCAUUCAUCAUGUAACACUUCACGAUUGACCAUUCCAUCUGGACAAAUUAGUAAUUCUUCUAUUCCUCCUACUCAUAGUGCACCGACUUCUCCGACCCGUUCUCAUUCCAAUAUCACAGCUUAUGGCGAUAAAGCAAUGACCAAAUGGCUUGCUCAUUGAUUUAAGCUAAUUCAUCGCAUAGUGUAUCAGUGUUACCUCGUUAGUGCCGUCGUCCAUGACCUUGAAAAAUGUUGCCUGUUGAUUUCACUGAGAACUCUUAUUGGAUCCUGGUUCCAAACCCAUUAUAGUAUCUUGAGUGAAUAUUGUCCAUUCCUUCGUGUGUAACAACAGCAUAUGUCAGUGUUCGUACGUGUAUGUGUGUGUGUAUGCAUAAGCUCCAGUCAUUUUUCUCGUGUGAACUACGUAUUUCAUCGAUUUCUUUCUCAAAUCGUGGCAAUAGUAAUAGUGGUAGUAUUAAUAGUAAUCAAAUACGCAUUUUGUCGUCUUAUUAUUAUUAUCGGUAGUACAAAAAGUACAUUGUGUAGAGUCGUCUGUGAUUGUUUUGAUUUUUUUCUGUCUCCAUUUUCGUCUCUCUUUUUUUUUCCAUUUCUCAUAUUGGUCAAGAAGAAUACUUUAUUUUAUGUGUUGUUGUUGUUGUUGUUGUUAUAUAAUUCACUGAUUUAAUUAUUUUCUCCAUUUUUAUGUUUUAUUACAAUUGUGAUUAGUGUAUUCUCUUUGUAAUUUUAUUUUACAAUUAAUAUUCAUCAACAUAUAUACACUAUAUCCUAAUGAGUACCACAAAUUUAAUCGAUUCUUUAAUAACCCCUAUAUGAUCUGUUUACCAAUAUAUAGAGAUGUAUACAUAUAUCAAUCUGUACAUGUAUAUGUAUUCGCAUUUACAUAUAACAAUAAAUGCUUAUUGUUAUAAGAUAAUUCAACAGGAAAAUAAAUGAAUUGACCAAAACCACUUACUUAUUUACUUACUUACUUAUUGUUUAUGAGUAAUAUUCUCUUUUCUUUUCUGUUUUGUUUUUCUUUUCGUUUUUGCAUUUCACUCUGUGUUAUAUUCCUUUCUCUUUUUUUCAAUAUGUGUAUUUGUUUCAAAUAAUAAACACUUUCAAUGAAGUAAUAAUGAUAAUUAGAUCAAUCCUAUUGAUGUUACCGAUCUGAUUAUAUCCUUCAGUUAUAUUGUGAAUAUAUGUUCAAUUUCUUGUUUUAAAACAAUUAUUAAAUGACAGAGAAUAUUUUCCCCAUUGCUAAUUAUAAAAUAAAUGUUUCCUUCCUUUGCUUCGACCAAUUAUUUGUGUAUAUGUUUAUGUGAAUCAGAUAAGCAUCCCUUGUGAAUUCACUAAUUAUCAUCAAUGCAUUGAUAAAAAUAAUAUUACUUAAUAUUUGCCUUGUUAUUAUUUCUCGAAAAUAUGCAUAUAUACUUCGUAUUUCUGUACUACUUUUACUACUACUACUACUACUAACGGUAAAUAGUAGUAGUAGUAUCAUAGCUCUCUUAUUUCAUUACCAUUUUGUAAAUGUCUUCUUUGGAAUGUUGCUUGUUUUAUUUUUAUUAUUUUUUUUGCCAGUUAUUUCAGUGUUGUCAUGGUUGUUUAUUUCCGUUCUAUGGAAGAAUUGUGUUUUACUCAUAUUGUUUCCCAUCAUUUCUUAACUUUUUGUGUAUUUCAACUUGUAUCUGUCAUGAUGUAUCAUUUUGGAAUUAUCGAUAUAUAUUUCAGGAGUAAAAUUGCAUUUUUAUGUUGUUGUUGUUUUUUCUCUCUCAGCUUUAUAAUCUCUACAAUAACCUAGUUCUAUUAUUGCAUUUUCCCCUUGGCUAUCUUCAAAUGGAUUCUAUAAAAAUUAUAGUAUGGUAUAUUAUUGAUAAUGAUUCCUUUGUUGAUGUGAUUUCCAUAUCAUGACUUUGUUUUCUUCUAUUUCAUCAAUUUUUUUUUUGACAAAAAUGUGUUCAAUCGAACCAAGUAUUAUCUAUGUGUUUGUGUGUGUGGAUGACUGGGAAUCUCUUGAAGAUCAUGCUUUCAUCUAUUUCAUUCAUUGCUCGUUUUGAAUUUAUCCAACUAGACGAAUUCUGCUUUUCUUCCUAAUAAUAACUAAUUGCAUUUUUCGAUUUCAUAGAUUUAUAUAUAUAUAUAUAUAUCACCCAAAGUAUUCUAUUUCAAGAUUUUAUCGGUUCAUUUUCUAUUUGACUUUUCUAUGCAUGUAGUCUAGUCGUUUUAUCAAUAGGUAAAACUAAUCUGUCAGACUUACCUCCUUCUCACUAAACAACUUGUAUGUCAAGUGUUAUAUCUAUGUUGUGUAAAAUCCACUUCUUAUUACUUAUCUUCUCUCUUCUUUCCCUUACAGUCUUAAAAUUGGUCAUGUUAUGCAUAAAAAUAUUUCCUGCUCUUGAACCUUCUUUCAUAAUAAGAUCAUUUAAUUGUCGUAUUGAUUAUUAUUUAGAAAAUAAAUGUCUUACUUGUUUUCCACUUUCUUUUUUUAUAAAGCUGCUUUGUAUUUUCCUUUAUCGUUAAACCUUCUUCUUAUACAUCAUUAUUACACUUGAACUAUUUCAAUUAGUCAACCAGUUUGUUUGUUAAUUUGUCUACUACUUCAUCAUUUUUUAUGCGUAUUAUGUCUUGUUGAUACAGUUGCCUAGCGCUCACAUACAUACACAUGGUUUUAUUUUAUUGUUUAUUAGAAUAUUUGUUGUUUAUUACUAUCAUCAUCAUUAUCAUUGUCUUCAUCUCUCCUCUUCCCUCUAUCUGUCUCUCUAGCUAAACUCAUUAUUAUUAUUAUUAUUAUUACUAUUAUGAUUAUCAUAACCAACAAUUGUGUUUAUUAGGCCUGUCCUUUAUGUUUAUCAUUAUGCACUUAAUAAAAUCAGCAUAUUCACUUCUUAUGAAUAAUGAUAUUGUAAUAAUUAUUUUUAUGUUGCUUUUCCUUCAUGGAAAUCUUCAUUGAUUUUUUUUGGCUUUUGCUUGAAUUCUCUUUCUCUUCCCCCCCCCCCACUCCUCUCUUUUCUGGUGAUGUAUUGUAUGCAUUUUAUAUUUUUAGAAGAACAAAAAAAAUUUUUUUGGCGUUUAAUUUAUUUGUUAGUUACUGAAUUUAUUGAUUUAUUAGUUUCUUAUUUCAUUUCUCAAAUCAUCUUGUUUAUUUAUUUGUUUAUCUUGACAUUAUUUUUGUGUUUCAUUUUUGCUGGUCGAAGUUAUAGAAGAAGAAAAUAUAUAUCUAUACAAUUAUAUUGUUGUUAUUGGUAUUUUUUGUUUGUUUGUUUGUUUGUCAACAGUUUUUCGAUUCGAUCUCUCAUGUAGGAUAUAAAACUGUAACCUCCUUUUUAUCCCACUACCGUAACCUAACCCACCCCCAUCGUCACUCCAGCACAACAUAUAUGUAAUUUUUUUUAAAAAAAAAGAUGUAAACGACAAAUACAAUGAAUGCAAGUCUACACUUGACUUUACAUUGACUCGAAUAGUUUUUAUGUAUAUCCAUAUAUAUAUUAAAUGUGUACUAUCAUGUGA